GUAUAUGUCAUUUAGUAUGUAUAUCUAAAUGUCUAUGCCUUAGAACUCUUUUUUCCAUGGGGCAGUGUUCUGGUUGAGAGGAGGGUUCUGGGAUUUGGGGAGGGAUAAAGUAACCCUGUAGAAAUGGAAGAGAAGAGGAGCGCCUCUGUGGCUCAGGUGGUUAAGCAUCUGCCUUCAGCUCAGGUCAGGAUCCCAGGGUCCUGGGAUUGAGUCCCGCAUCAGGCUCCCUGCUCAGCAGUAAGUCUGUUUCUCCCUCUCCCUGUGCCCCUCCACCUGCUUGUGCUCUCUCUCUCUCUCUCAAAUAAAUAAAUAAAAUAAAAAGAAAUGGAAGAGAAGAGAAUCCCAUAGAAAUGGAAGUUUCUGGAAAUACUCCUAGCUAAUCCUCUUUCAGUCAUUCACAGUUCUUCUCCUUGACCCACCACCAGUGACCGUGGUAUUAAUGACUAGCAUUCAAAAUAUACCAAUUCCAGGCCAGGUUCUGCACUGAGCAUUGUGCUUGUAUUCAUUCUCAUUUGAUUUCCAAAACAACCCAGUGUGAGGGGAAUUCUUGUUAUCCCCGGUUUUAGAUGUGGGAGCUGAAGAUCAGAGAGGUUAGGGAACUUGCUCGAAGCCACACAGCUCUUCUGUGUGGAAUUGGAUUAGGAGCCAGGCAGGCCAACUCCAAGAACUGGCCUUCUUGCUCCCUUUGGUGGUCAUGACCGUCCUUCCCCACUCUGCUGCCUUCUCCGUCAGUGUCCGUGUUCCACCCAUGUGUGAAGACCUAAUUCAAAAGCUACCAUCUUCAUCAAGACUUCCUUACCUCCUCCCUUUUCCAAGCCUCUCUGAACCUCCCCAGAACCUUGCCUGUCUACCUCCCUCCCUUGGCGCACUCACCUUUUCCUGCCUGCCAUGGACACACCUUCAGUUCUUUUUCAACCCUUAGCUUCUUUUGGGGUGAAGUUCCCAUUCAGUUCAUCUUCCUGCUCCCUGUGUUUCCCUCCAACAAUGAGGAAAUUCUCCUUAACUGUCUGGAUAAAAAUGAGGUUCAGCUUCAGCACUUUUCCUGUCACAAACUUUCAGUUAAUGCCCUCUUUGCUGAGAUCAGUACAAUGAUUUGUAAAUAUAAAUGGUGAACAUUUGAGUUUGCAACACAUUCCCGAGCUUAUCUCAGUGGUAGUUCCUGACCAAAAUGAGAAAUAAGAAUAUCUGUCUGUCCUAACAAAUUCCCCAUCCUAUCAAUAUAACUUUACAGCAGUUAGUAACCCUCAAGUUUAAGAUGAGAAUAACAGAUUGGUCAGAUUGAAACAAGUGAUUGUCAGAAAAGCAUACAUAUCUGCUUUUUAAAAAAUUUCUUUUCAGGAGUUAAAUUCACCUGUGGUACAAAGUAAGCUAACCUCUGGAUACUAAAUUAAAUAAGACAGAUCUUGUUUUGCUGUAUUUAUAACUCAGUUGGACAAAUCUUACUUGUAGAUUGAGUUUAGUCAGUGUUUUCCUAUUGGAUACUCCAAAUACUCCAAACUCACAAAGUAGGACUGAUGACUUUAGACCAGUUAACCUAGCUCCGAGGUUCACCGGUUCACUCACCCAAACAUUAUGUGCCCGCACCCUUCCUCUGAUUCUGGCUCUCGUGCAAGAUUCUGAAGAUACAAUAGUGAGCAAGUGUGGUAACUGCCCUCACACAUCUUUGAAUCCAGCAGAAGGUCCGAAGUCAAUAAUCCACAAGUGCAUAACCAGUCGUGAUACAGACAUCUGGAUGUUUCCACAUCAGUUCCAGGCUCUGUGAAAUCCUUGCCUCGAUUCUAUUAUUUGCUUGAGUUAACACAAGGGAACUCACUUGAGUGAUGUAUCUAAUUAUGCCCCCUUUAUAUCAUGCUUUUCUGACAGGCAAAAAGAUGUUUACAUUACCAUUGGUAAGGAAUUACUCGUCUUGAAAUGAUUAGCGAGGCAAACACAUUUGAAUACAGUGGCUAUCCAGGACACGGGGGAUAUUUUCUCCCUCCCUAGCUGCUUCCAGUUGGACUUUAUUUUAUUUUCUAAGAAGCAAGAAAGGCUAAUAUACGCACAUCUGAUAUGCAGCUUCCAAGUGAUACAAAUCUCAUCUUUCCUGCUGUGUGGCUUCUUGCUUUUCCUUGCACUUUUUUUUUUUUUUUGUCAUUGAGAGGUUAUGACAACAUGAGCCAUAUUGUAUUUAUAAACAUCACGUGUUUCCUUGAUAUGGCUUGCAGUUUCUGCCAGACGGAACACAUGGAAGAAACAUUUCUCGUUAGCUAAGCAUUGGUUUUAGUUAUGCUGAUUUCCGGGACAGGAAAAAUGCCUUCCUACUCAGAUUUAACUUUCAUAGAGUAGAAACAAAACCUCUGAAUGUCCGUGAAAUGGUUUUAACAAGGGUGGAUACUGCUCCUUUAAACCACAUAUUUUGACUAAAAGCUUCCUUCUGUAAAAAAAAACCCCAAGCCUUGCAUUUAGUCACCAUAAAGACAGGCAGAGCUGGAAGCCUUCGAGAGAUGGCUGGUUUCAAGGUCUCUGCAAGUCUGGAAAGUUUCUUCUAGAAGAGAAAGGGUCACAGAAGAUGUAAGAUGCAGAGAGAAAUUGUUUAUGCAAGAGGAGAUGGCCCUGGUGCCUCUCGACCUGGAUCCACAGCUCAUCCACCCCAUGCCAUUCCAAAUUCUCCACCGUCCACUCCUGUGCCCCAUUCCAUGCCUCCUUCCCCAUCCAGAAUUCCUUACGGGGGCACCCGCCCCAUGAUUGUUCCUGGCAACGCCACCAUCCCCAGGGACAGACUCUCCAGCCUGCCAGUCUCCAGAUCCAUCUCACCCAGCCCGAGUGCCAUUUUGGAAAGAAGAGAUGUAAAGCCGGAUGAAGACAUGAGCGGCAAGAACAUUGCGAUGUACCGGAAUGAGGGCUUCUAUACUGAUCCUUACCUUUAUCACGAGGGACGGAUGAGCAUAGCCUCUUCCCAUGGCGGGCACCCGCUAGAUGUCCCUGAUCACAUCAUUGCGUAUCACCGCACAGCAAUCCGCUCGGCGAGUGCUUACUGCAACCCUUCUUUGCAAGCGGAAAUGCAUAUGGAGCAGUCGCUGUACAGACAGAAAUCGAGGAAAUAUCCAGAAAGCCACUUGCCCACUCUGGGCUCCAAAACACCCCCCGCUUCUCCUCACCGAGUCAGCGACCUGAGAAUGGUAGACCUGCACGCCCACCAUAACGCCCACGGGCCCCCUCACACCUUGCAGCCAGAUCGGGCCUCCCCGAGCCGCCAGACCUUCAAGAAGGAGCCAGGCACCUUGGUGUAUAUUGAAAAGCCGCGGACCACUCCAGGAUUAGCCAGCAUUGUGGACUUCGGCCCUCCUCUAGUUGAGAAGCAAGUGUUUGCCUACAGCACGGCUACCAUACCCAAAGAUAGAGAGACCAGAGAGAGGAUGCAAGCCAUGGAGAAACAGAUUGCCAGUUUAACUGGCCUUGUUCAGUCGGCGCUUUUUAAAGGGCCCAUUACAAGUAAUAGCAAAGAUGCGUCUAGCGAGAAAAUGAUGAAAACCACAGCCAAUAAGAGCCACACAGAUAGUGCAGGAACGCUCCAUGUUUCUGGAGGCAAGACUGUCGGCGCCCUGGAGUCCUCGGGGCCACCCAGCCAGCCCCUGCCUGCCAGCACCUCGGCUAUACACAUAAGCCUGCUCGACAUGAGGCGGAGUGUGGCUGAACUCAGGCUCCAGCUCCAGCAGAUGCGACAGCUCCAGCUGCAGAACCAGGAGAUGCUGAGGGCGAUGAUGAAGAAGGCUGAGCUGGAAAUCAGUGGCAAAGUGAUUGAAACGAUGAAGAGGCUGGAGGACCCCGUACAGCGACAGCGCGUCCUGGUGGAACAAGAGAGACAGAAAUACCUACAUGAGGAGGAGAGGAUCGUCAAGAAGCUAUGUGAGCUGGAAGACUUUGUUGAAGACUUGAAGAAGGACUCUACAUCAGCCAGCCGAGCAGUCACUCUAAAAGACGUGGAAGACGGGGCCUUCCUCCUGCGGCAAGUGGGAGAAGCUGUAGCUACCCUGAAAGGAGAAUUUCCAACCUUACAAAACAAGAUGCGAGCCAUCUUGCGCAUAGAAGUGGAGGCCGUGCGGUUCCUGAAGGAGGAGCCCCACAGGCUGGACAGUCUCCUGCAGAGGGUGCGGAGCAUGACCGACACCUUGACCAUGUUGCGGAGACACGUCACCGACGGGCUCUUGAAAGGUACAGAUGCGUCCCAGGCCGCUCAGUAUGUGGCGAUGGAGAAGGCCACGGCCGCCGAAGUCCUGAAGAACCAGGAGGAGGCACCCCACGCCUCAGGCCAGCCCCUCCCCGUGGCAGGAGUCCCCGGCGACGUGAAGUCGGAAGUGGUGCCCUUGACCAUUCACCACGCACAGAGCUCUCCUGUGCUCAUCCAGCCCUCCCAGCUCUCGGCCGCCCUGCUGAACCCGGCUCACCACUUGCCUGCAGGGACCGGUCCCCACCCGGCCAGCCCUCCAGCCACCACUCAGGAAGGGACCUCCGCUCUGCCGUCAGCUCAGGCUCCACAGUCCCCACAGACGCCCAUGAACGGUUCCACCAUGCAGAGCUUGUUCAUCGAGGAAAUCCACAGCGUGAGUGCCAAGAAUAGGGCAGUGUCUAUUGAGAAAGCAGAAAGGAAAUGGGAAGAGAAAAGGCAAAAUCUGGACCACUAUAACGGGAAAGAGUUUGAGAAGCUACUAGAAGAAGCUCAGGCCAAUAUCAUGAAGUCAAUUCCAAACCUGGAGAUGCCACCAGCCUUGGGCCCGCAAACAAAGGGUGAUGCCCCAGGAGACAAGCUCGAACUUUCAGAAGACUCUCCAAAUCCAGAACAAGACUUGGACAAGCUGGGGGGUAAGUCCCCACCUCCUCCUCCCCCGCCCCCUCGGCGGAGCUACCUGCCAGGAUCAGGGCUCACCACCACGAGGUCCGGCGACGUGGUCUACACCAGCAGGAAGGAGAACACCACCGCUAAGGCGAGCAGUGAAGAUGCUGUACCAAGCCCCCAGGCUAGAGCCACAAAAUGUCCAGAGGAGCCUGCUUCUGCCUGGACCCCAUUCCCACCAUCAGUCAUUACCUCCUCCUCAAAGGAUGAGGAGGAAGAAGAGGAAGGAGACAAAAUAAUGGCAGAACUCCAGGCAUUCCAGAAGUGUUCCUUUAUGGAUGUAAAUUCAAACAGUCAUGCCGAGCAGUGCCGGGCUGACAGUCACGUUAAAGACACUAGGCCGGGGGCCACGGUCCCACCCAAGGAGAAGAAGGGCAUUUUUGGAAGUUGGAGAACAAAGCAACCCAAGAAUUUGGAAUUAUUCCAUGAAGACGUACGGAAAUCUGAUGUUGAAUAUGAAAAUGGCCCCCAAAUGGAAUCCCGAAAGGUUACUGCAGGGGCUCUAGCACCUCUUGACCAUCCUAAGUGGGAAAUAGCAAUGGGGAAUGGUAUUUCUGAUGCAUCAAGAACCUUAGAGUACAAAACAGACAUCCAAAAGAAGGAAAAUUCCAUAUCCAACAAGAGUUUAUUUAGAGACAGUAGAAACUAUUCCCAGAAAAAUGUGUCUAAGGUCAACUCCAGCUACCCUGGCACUAGUCCAUCGGAAGUUGAAAUAAACAAAGGACCUAAGAGCUUAGGACCACCGCACCCUAUAUCUGACACUGAGCAUCAGAAGAUGAAUUAUGGAAAGACAAAGGAGAUGAUGAGUCUAGAAGGACCAGAAAAUACAGAUAGGUGUGACCUUCCCUCUCCCACUAGGUCAACUGAAUUGAGCCCGUGUGAUGUCAAAACUCAAGAUCAAGAGGUUCCCAUGACAGAGUUCGGCCAGGUUGUUCUGAGACCCAAGGGGGCACGGCAUGUGAACGUGAACCUCAGCGAGGACGGGGAGUCGACCCCAAGUUCUCCCGCUGAGGAAAAUGCGACCCCCGACAACAUUGCCUUCAUGAUUACCAAAACCGCGGUCCAGGUUCUCUCCAGUGGGGAGGUCCGAGACAUAGUGAGCAAAAAGGGGGAAGAUGUACAGACGGUUAAUAUUGAUGCCAAAAAAGAGACAACUUCCAGACAAGGAGGAACUGAAAACGAAGAGCCAGUCUUGUGCCUGGACAAGAAACCAGUUAUCAUCAUCUUUGACGAGCCCAUGGACAUCCGGUCCGCGUAUAAGAGACUUUCGACCAUAUUCGAGGAGUGCGAUGAGGAAUUAGAGAGAAUGAUGACAGAGGAAAAGAUAGAGGAGGAGGAAGAAGAGGAAAAUGGAGACCCAGGGGUCCAGAACAAUACUUGCCGAAAGUUCCCCGAGGAGAUGGCCCCUGGCAGCCCCGGACCGGCACGGCAGGCUGACCGUGAGUUACAGCCACACCGCCCGCCGGCCAAGGCUGACACAUCAGGAGGACAGGAAGUGAACAAAAGGGAGUGGGGCAAGUUCAGCCAAGCAGAUUCUCCAAGUUCAGAAAGCAAGGGCGACGGGACAGAUGACCAGUUUGAAAACCCCAAGAAGAAGUUUAAGUUCAAAUUCCCUAAGAAGCAACUGGCAGCUCUCACUCAGGCGAUUCGCACAGGAACCAAAACGGGGAAGAAGACUUUGCAGGUGGUGGUCUACGAGGAGGAGGAGGAGGACGGCGCCCUGAAGCGGCACAAGGAAGCCAGGCGAUUUGAAGUAGCUAGGUCUCAACCCGAAGACACCCCCAAAAGCAUGCUUAGGAGACCAGAGCCACCCGGCCCAGAGAGCCCCGCUCUGAUUUCCAGGACUGAUGAAAUUCGGAAAAACACCUACAGGACCCUGGACAGCCUGGAGCAAACGAUCAAACAGCUUGAAACGACCAUCAGUGAAAUGAGUCCAAAAGCUCUGGUUGAUGCUUCAUGCUCUCCCAACAGAGAUUCUGUGGCAAGCUCACCCCACAUAGCCCCAGAGGCCUCUCCCCGCUCCCUGCUAGUUCUGGAUGAAGCUCCCACUGCCCCAGAGCCCCCCUCGUCCGUACCUUCAGCUUCACGUAAGGGCUCCGCUGGGACCCCGCAGACGAGCAGGAUGCCAGUCCCCAUGAGCUCCAAGAGCAGACCCGGAAGCCUGGACAAGCCUGGCAAGCCGUCCAAACUGCAGGAUCCCCGCCAGUAUCGUCAGGCUAAUGGAAGUGCUAAGAAAGCUGGUGGGGACUGUAAGCCUACUUUCCCCUCCUUACCUGCUUCUAAGAUUCCAGCCCUUUCUCCCAGCUCUGGGAAAAGCAGUUCUCUGCCCUCUGCUAGUGGCGACAGCUCUAACUUGCCUAUUCCACCUACUACUAAACCAUCGGUUACUUCUAACCCUCUCAGCCCCCAGACAGGACGAUCCGCCCCCUCUGCCUCCCUCAUCCCCUCUGUCUCUAAUGGCUCCUUAAAGUUUCAGAGCCUCACUCAUGCAGGUAAAGGCCACCAUCUCUCAUUCUCGCUGCAGACUCAAAACGGCCGAGCAGCCCCUCCCUCCUCCUCCUCCUCCUCCUCCCCACCCUCCCCCGCCUCCCCCACGUCACUGAAUCAAGGUGCCAAGAGCAUCAGGACCAUCCAUACACCCGGCCUCACCAGCUACAAGGCACAGAAUGGAAGUUCAAGCAAAGCCACCCCAUCCACAGCAAAGGAAACCUCUUAAAGGCCAAAUCCUGUUAGGCACAAGUCGGAGUUACAUUAAAAAAAAAAAAAAAAAUCUUUCUUUUUUUUCAACAGUCUUCAACAACUGUUUUCACAAGAGAAUGUAUCAUAUUGCUGUACUGUUUGAAGCUUAAUGCUAAGUAUGUGCUAAAUACUGGAUGAAUAGAUUUCAGUAAAGCUCGUUUGUUUUUUGUUGUUUUUUUUUUACUUUGUUGCUGUUGUAAUUACACAGUGUUUACUGUCUAUAUUCAAUACCUGUUACAUGAAGUAAGCAUGUGUUACAAAAAGAGUGGCUGGCAGGAAAGAAGGGUGAGUGUGAGACUGUGGGGGGCGGGGAGAUGUAUUCAGCAUGUAAAACAUGUAUGAUUCCAGAAUUUUAGUAUGUUUUGUACAAAAAUAUUUUUCAUUACGGAGACUAGAUGUGAACAGAGAAAUACACAAGUGUGACUAUACAAAUUGUAAAACAGAUACUAUAAUAUUUCCUUUUAUUUUAGUGUUAUUUAGCUUUAUUACAGAUUUCUAUUUUUGUCAAAACUUCAUGGUUCCUUUCGAGAUCCUUUUUGCCAAAAACAUUUUGAUACUAUAGCAUUGUACGUGUGAAAGUAGUGUGCUAGACAAUAUGCCCGUGAACUUCUGCACAAGCCAACCCAGAGGUGCGUGUAGAAGGCAGUUUAUCAAUCCCGUUGCACUGCCAUGAAAAUGAGGUAUGAUGAUCUGCAGCCCAGGCAAGCGAGCUUUCUUUACUUUUCUUUCGUUCUCUUUUUUCUCUUCCUUUCCUUUUUUUUUUUUUUUCUUUUUUAACAUAUUGGGAUUCUCUAGUUGCUUUCUUUGCAGUAUCGAACCCCUUCCUUUGUUUUCGGAGACCUGGCAACCCACACUAUUGCAUUGUGGAUUUUAACAUGUACACUUCUGUACGGUUCUGUCAACUGAUCAACUUUUGUACAUAUAUAAAUAGACAUCAGAAAUACUGGAUGUGACAGCACAGAGUAGUUUUCCCACACCAAAGUUAAUUUUUAUGCAUGCUUUAAAACUCUAUCUCGGGAUGGGCAGAAAUGGGGACUCCCCGUACGUUUUUAAAAAGCAACGAGUUUGCACAGCUGGAGUGUUUUUUGUAAAUAAAUGUAUUUGUAUAACACAGUCAUGUAAUAUACAGAACUAUAAGCAGAGACUUUGCAAAACUAAAUAAAGGGCUGCAUGCUUAUUA